CCUUCAUCUCUCCUCGUGAUAUCAAACACAUAAGACGAUAAUUAUCAGCAACUCUAUUAGACUGGGAUUCUAAUGAUCGUGAAGAACUAAGAGACUUACGCGAUACUCAGGAGGAAUUUAAUCAGAGCUUCAAGUAAGUGGAGCUCCAACACGAUGCCUACCAAAACAUUCACAGUUGGCCUGGCCAACAAAAGCCAUACCAAAGCCACUAUCACACCAACCGGCUCCACAAGUCCAUUUUAUGAGCUCGACCUCAGCUGGUUCACCAAAGAACUCUUCACCAAGUCUACCAAACAAAGCAUCGUGAUGCGCUCCGCAUCCUCCGCACCAAACUCGUUAGCUACAUCCAAAUCCGAUGCUUCCUCACCCUCCUCAGACGCAAAUCCAAACCCAAUCCUCGGUACCUGUAUCCUCCCCUUCAUCUCCCUUUCCAACCCCAUCCAAAUCUGCUUUGGCGAUCCCGACUCCAAAUCCUCCACCUGGGAGUCCAUAUUUUGCCGGCAAACACUCAAAUCCAACUGUUUCGAGCUAAGUAUCGAUCUCGGCGGAAGUCUCGGUGGGAGAACAUUCAAUUGGAAACGCACGCAUGCAAUUGAGGGGAUGGGAGUGUUGAAAAGAGAGCUGGAUUAUCUGCAUUUGAAGAUGACAGAAAGAGAGACGGGGAGGGUGCUGGCGAGGUUUAGACAUCAUUGCUGGUAUGGGGGGAAGAGGGGGGAGUUGGAGAUCGAGGAUUAUGAGGGCGGUGGAGAUGGGUGGGAGGUUAUGGUUGUUUUGAGUGGGAUGGCGGUGCUCGAGUAUUUGAGGAAGUUAAGUGGAUAUUCAUUUUGAUGUGAGAGAGAGUGGUGUGAUUGUGUGUCUCUUUUGGCGUUUAUCCCUCCCCUUGAUACGGCCGCGUUAUGAUCGUAUAGUCGUGCCUUGAUUUCAUAGAAUAUGACGGUUGUAAGAGCAAGUUCUGGGAUAACACGUAUGAUCUGGAUGGA